GCGGGAGGGCCAGAGGCUGCGGACCGCUGAGAGCUAGUGGAGCCCCAAAGCCGGACCUGCGCGCCGGUAAUUGCGAGGAGCGGCCGGGCUCCGCCGCCGCCAUGUCGCUAGACACCGGGGAGCGGGCCUCGGAGACGGGAGAUGACAGUCUAUCUGCAAUUACCUUUGACUCUGACUUUGAGACGAAAGCAAAAAGGAAAAGUUUCCACAAACCUCCUCCCACAUCACCAAAGUCGCCUUAUUACACUAAGCCAAGAAAAGUGGCAUCCUGGAGAUCUCUGAGGACAGCAGCGACGAUGCCUCUCAGUAAUCGAAUGUCCUUAACCCCACAGAAGCUGUGGCUGGGAAACUCAAAGCAAGGAAGUCUGACCCAACCCCUGAAAUCAGACCUCACCUUGGAGCAUGCAUGGACCAACCCCCCCAGCUGCACUCCUGACUAUCUGACAGAAGCUUUAAGAAUGAAGAGGUCAAAUCUCAGGCGUUCCGCCAGCAAUGGUCAUGUCCCUGGGACCCCAGUCUACAGAGAGAAAGAAGACAUGUAUGACGAGAUCAUUGAGUUGAAGAAGUCAUUACACAUGCAGAAAAGUGAUGUGGAUCUGAUGAGAACAAAGCUCCGGCGGUUAGAAGAGGAAAAUAACAGAAAGGAUCGGCAGAUAGAACAGCUGUUGGAUCCAUCCCGAGGCCCGGAUUUUGUUCGGACUCUGGCAGAGAAAAGGCCUGACACUGGCUGGGUUAUUAAUGGGUUGAAGCAGAGAAUUCUCAAGCUGGAGCAGCAGUGCAAGGACAAAGACAGCACCAUCAACAAACUGCAGACUGACAUGAAGACCACUAACCUGGAAGAGAUGAGGAUUGCCAUGGAGACCUACUAUGAGGAGAUUCAUCGUCUCCAGACUCUCUUGGCAAGUUCGGAAACGAUGGGAAAGAAGCCUCCAAUAGAGAAGAAAACGGGCCCCAAAAGGCAGAAGAAGGUGAGCAGUGCCUUGCUGAGCCUGUCCAGGAGUGUGCAGGAGCUCACAGAGGAGAACCAGAGCCUCAAGGAGGACCUGGACCGUGUGCUGAGUAACUCUCCCACUGGCUCCAAAAUAAAGGGUUACAUGGAGUGGAGCAAGCCCCGAUUGCUCAGGCGGAUCGCAGAGCUGGAAAAAAAAAUCAGUUCGAUGGAAAGCCCCAAGUUACACUCAGAAGGGGUUAAGUCCAGCGUACUGGCUCACUCUGCCUCAUGCUCUACUGUGCCUAAGCAGCUGCACCCCGACCGCCAGGAGGACACCGAGCGCCUGCGGGGGGCAGUGAAGAGCCUGCGAGGGGAGCGGAGCGCCCUGCAGACCCAGCUGCUGGAGAAAGAUUUAGAGGUAAAGCAGCUACUACAGACAAAGGCUGAUCUGCAGAAGGAGCUGGAAAGUAUGAAGGAAGGUGAGAAGGAAAGGAGAGAGCGAGAGGAGGCUUUGAGAGAGGAAAUUCGAACACUGACCAAGAAAUUUCAAGAACUGGAAGAAACCAAGAAAGAGGAGAAAGAGGGCCCGAUGGAAAGGCCCCCCGAGGUCCAAGAAGAGCCCCAAGGUCUCCAGCCCCACAGGAACCCCUCUCUGCAAGACUUUGGACCAGAUACAAGUGAAGGGGGCUGCUCCCGGCCACCCUCCUCCUGCUCUGAAGGGAGAAGAGAGGCGGCUGCCAGGACCCUGCAGACCCGCUGGAAGGUGUACAAGCACAAGAAAAAAAAAGCUGUUCUGGAUGAGGCAGCUGUGGUGCUUCAGGCAGCUUUCAGGGGACAUCUAACACGGGCAAAGCUGUUGACAAGCACAACAAGUGGCUCAGACUCUCCCAGCAUGCCACGCCUUCCUGACCAGAACUGUCCCUCACCCCAUGUGCUGAGCCCUCUUGACCAGGCUGAGGGGGACCCAGAGCAAGAGGAGGCCAUUACCGUCAUCCAGUCGGUCUUCCGGGCACACCUGGCGCGGACCAGACACAGUGUUCCCAGCACAGGCGCCAGCUCUGCUGCCUCUGCCAAGAGGAGACCUGCGUCAGCCUCCCGUGAAGGGGUUGCCUCCCCACCCUCUGCAGCAGCUGUUCCUGGGAAGGAAGACAGUGAAGCCAGCAGCUGGGAUACCAUGGGCAGACCAGCUACUGAGGAAGCAGCGCCGAGGCCUUGGGGACCAGGGAGCCCUGCCGCCUUGCAGCCCUGCCCCGUGGAGUCCUCUCCCUCGGGGCCACCUGCAGAUGAUGUCAGCUCCGAUGACUCAGACGAGAUUAUCUUUGCUCCGUCUCCACCUGUGAAGAAAAGCACCUAGAGCCCUGCACGUGUCCUCCCCUCCCCCCCCCAUGGUGAUGGCUCUAUCAGAGAAGGUUGGGGCUGAGAGGACAAAGCACUUCUAGAAGACACAGUAACUAUAAAUGGAAAAUAAUUUAUCUUGUUAGGAAAAGAACAGUACCUGCUUACCACCAGAACAUCUUAAUGGGUUUUUCUCUUUUGUUUUGCUUAUUAUUUAAAGAAUCCCAAAUGCCUUUAUUCUCUGGCAAGGGGCACGGGCCCAUCUCUCACUGCAGUGCACUCUGGGGCUUCAGUGCCGGGCAGACACAGCUGCCCGGAAUAGUGGGCGCAGCCAGGGAGCCCUGCAAAGACACGUUCUCUUGUAGCAGCUGAUGGGCUCUCUUUGACCCUGACUUGGGAAGAGCUGCUCCGUGAGGGUCCAGCACUGACCUCGUCACCUCCUCAACCUCGCUGACACCUACUCCAUCAGGACUUGCUCCCAUUUCAACCCAGUAGGUCAAGCCAGACCCACUGUGCCGUACCUUCUGGAAGACUAAGAGAUGACACAGGCCUGCAGGGGACGAUACACGAACUGCCAACACCAGAUGUGGAGCCUCUGGACCUUGGCUGUGUGUCAGCAGAACCACGCCUUCCACCCCAACCCUGCAGAGCCGGGAGCUGUGGCGUCGGGGCCGCCACUGCCCGCUCCUCACAGCAGAGCUGCCCAUGGGCUCCGGGCACACACCCAGGAUCCCCAGGAAGCUGACAUGUUCUGCAGUCCUGGGUUCACGUCCAUGUACCACAUGCCAGCUGAGGAGACGGUGCAGGAGGCCCAUGCUAGCAGGAAGGCCCAGAGCAGGGCAGACAGGCUGUCUGGACACUUGCAGGAAGACACUGGGGCCAAGGCCAUGGGGCAUGCGAGGGGCUGUGUUUGGGGGCAGACUCGGAGGCCGCCCUGCUGCGGGUUUCUGCGCCAGCCGGGCCGGAGCAGGGUUUGUGGCAGGGAGGUGGGAGCCAGCAGCAGAGGUCCAGUGAGGAGGGCUGCCAAGGCCGCGUGGCCUCCAGGUCUCCUGACCCGUGGGGUGCUCUUAGCAGUGCCCCGCUGACCCGGGCUUCCUUCGGCCUACAGCCUGGUGUUUUGGGGGAGCCGCUUCAUCCUGUUAGGGUUUGUUGGCUCGUGUGUGUGUUGAAGAGGGACCCUUGAACAGACACACAGCAGCCCUGUGUCUGAUGACCAUCUCGCCUCUUAAUGAGGGGGAUGAGGGCUGUUCUCCGGUCAGACAGACUAGAGGCCCUCACCCUUGCCAAGACCAGUGCGUUAGGGAAAGGCAGACCAGCCUAGCUCAUCUGCCCAGAUGCAGGCAGCAGAGUGGAGCUUAACAACCUCGGCAAAUCCCGCUAACCCCCAGGUUUGAGUAAAGUGAAGGCCGUCAUAACCUGUCUAAGCCAAGUCAAACCCCCUUCGGCCACGUUUGCUCUCAGGUGACCCAGGCCCUCUGAGCAGCGGGGCGUGGACCUGCUGUGGGUGCAGGCAGCCACGCCAGGCUCCCAGGGGAGCAUCCUUCAAACUGAGAAGCCACGAUGGGAGCCGAAGGGUGAAACCAGGUGGCUCGGCUGGUCUUUGAUAUAUUUACAUAGAAUAUUCUAACUUUAUACAUAAUUUAUACAUGAAUCUUUUGGAAGGGAUAGCUUUUCACGCUACACUACUCAUUAUUGGCCUUUGUAAA